GCAAAAUGGCAAAUGUCAUCCGUGUGGUCCCUGGACCCACAUCAUACCUGAACAUUCCCCGCUAAAUCGGAUGAAAAUUGCCUAAUGAUUCAUUUUCCAUCAGUUAACAGUUUAACAACCCCCACGUGUGCACUUUAUUUAAUUUUCCAUGUAAUCAAAUAAUAAUCUCUCCCCAAAAAAAUCCAAAAAUCCAAAAAAUAAUUAAUCAGUAUAUAAUAAUUACCUCUUGCCGCUUUUACCACUCACUCCAGACCCAGACCAGAGCACACGACUUCCCACCUUCCUCUUCGAUCCACCAACUGCCAAAACCCUAAUUACAGAGCUUUUAGCUUUUAGCUUCUGCUUAUCGCCCAAGCUUGCAGUGGAAGGUUCAGCUUCAGCCUCUUCAUAUUCCAGGGCGGGCCAAGGUUUUCGACUCGCUCGUCAGCUCAGCGCUCACUCUCGCAACCGAGUUCGUUCUCAACUCAACUCACUCGUCCACUCAACGCGAUGAUGAUGACUCGGCGAGUCGGUGUGGUCGUUACGUCGUCUUUACUCGUCUUCUUCGCAGUAGUGGCUGCAGUGCUGCUGUUCGCGCCUGCGUUUGACCAUGCUGUAUUCAUGAGCAUCCGCCAUGGUUCCAUGGGUUCAAGCUCGUCUGGUGCAGGAAACAACACUCUCACUGCAACCCACCGCAAGCUUCUUCUUCGUGCGACAGAAAUGGACGAACCAAACAGAAUUCCAGGAGAAAAGUGUAGCAAGGCAGACAUAGUGAUAAACCAGGGUCCCACGGGCCCACUGCCAAGUGGUAUUCCCACCUACACCGUUGAGAUCAUGAACGUGUGUGCCAGCGGCUGUGAUAUCUCUCGCAUCCACCUCACCUGUGGUUGGUUCAGCUCGGCUCGGCUUGUGAACCCUAGGAUCUUCAAGCGCCUUCACUACAACGACUGCCUUGUGAACGAUGGCAAGCCUCUGGUCAAUGGCGGUACACUGUCCUUUCAAUACGCCAAUACUUUUCUCUACCACCUCUCAGUUUCCUCCGUUUCAUGCUCUUAAUAUCUCAAUAUUAGCAAAAGAUCACCUUACUAUAAUAUCACACGACAUGACAACAACAAAAACGACAAUUAUAUAAAGCACCUAAAGCAGGAUUUAGUAUAGCUAAGCUAGUUUGAGCUUUCCUAAGAGACCUAUUUUGCCCUUCUCUGUUUUUGGAUGGUUUCAACUCUUUUCUGGGAUUUGUGUACCUGAAAUGGUGUUUUGGGUGGUGGAUUGGCUGAAGAUGGAUUAGGGUAGAAAUGCAUGGUGACAGAGAGAGACUUGGCUGGGCCUGAACUUCAAAUUGAGUUUUUGACAUGUUUUGGGUUUCUCUCCUGUGUAUAUAGUAAUAUACUAUAGACUAUAGUAUAGGAUAUGGUUUACUGUCAUUACUUUGUUGGAGAUGCAAAAGCUCAAAUGUGAUAUUAAAGGAAUAUUCCUUUUGGUAUAAUGUUUCUAAAAAAUAUGGGGCAAAGAGAUUUAUUGCUGACACCGAUCUGCUCUGUCUAGCUUGUCAUCUUUGGUUUUUUCCAUACAUAAUAUCAA